UGCUGAGAGCUGCCUACUCAGACAAGAGACACGCGAGGUCAGGAAGAAGCCGCUUAUAGAUUACCGCUUCCUCCGCGCCGCCGCCAGCGCCGAGCUCCGGGCCCCGGCCGCAGAACCGCUCGCUGGCCGGCGCCGAGCCCCGAGGACCGCGAGCCCAGAGCCCGAACCGCGCCGAGAAGGAGCGCGGCGCGCCGACCCCGCGGGCCGGAGACCCAGCGGGCGGGCAGUCGGCGGCGAGUGGGACCGAGCGCAGCCGAGCGCAGCGCCACGGCCACCCCAGAAAGUGAGGAGAUGGCCAGCAAGGAGAAGCUGCAGUGUCUGAAAGACUUUCACAAGGACAUCCUGAAGCCGUCCCCAGGGAAGAGCCCGGGCACACGGCCUGAGGAUGAGGCCGAAGGGAAGCCCCCGCAGAGGGAGAAGUGGUCCAGCAAGAUCGACUUUGUGCUGUCUGUGGCUGGCGGCUUCGUCGGCUUGGGCAACGUCUGGCGUUUCCCGUACCUGUGCUACAAAAAUGGUGGAGGUGCAUUUCUCAUACCAUACUUUAUUUUCCUGUUUGGGGGCGGCCUGCCUGUGUUUUUCCUGGAGGUAAUCAUAGGCCAGUACACCUCUGAAGGGGGCAUCACCUGCUGGGGAAAGAUCUGCCCCUUGUUCUCUGGCAUCGGCUAUGCCUCCAUUGUGAUCGUGUCCCUUCUGAAUAUAUACUACAUCGUCAUCCUGGCCUGGGCCAUAUAUUACCUGUUCCAGUCCUUCCAGUCGGAGCUGCCCUGGGCGCACUGCAACCACAGCUGGAACACGCCCCAGUGCAUGGAAGACACUUUGCGCAAGAACAAGAGCCUGUGGGACACUCUCAACACCAGCAACUUCACCUCCCCUGUCACUGAGUUCUGGGAGCGCAACGUGCUCAGCUUGUCCUCUGGAAUCGACCACCCGGGCUCUCUGAAGUGGGACCUUGCUCUCUGCCUUCUCUUCGUCUGGCUCAUCUGUUUCUUCUGCAUCUGGAAGGGCGUCAAGUCCACGGGGAAAGUCGUCUACUUCACGGCUACAUUCCCGUUUGCUAUGCUCCUGGUGCUGCUGAUCCGUGGACUGACGCUGCCCGGCGCGGGCGCAGGCAUCAAGUUCUACCUGUACCCCGACCUCAGCCGCCUGGAGGACCCACAGGUAUGGAUUGAUGCUGGGACCCAAAUUUUCUUCUCCUAUGCCAUCUGCUUGGGAGCCAUGACCUCGCUGGGGAGCUACAACAAGUACAAGUACAACUCCUACAGGGACUGUAUGCUGCUGGGAUGCCUGAACAGUGGUACCAGUUUUGUGUCUGGCUUCGCAAUUUUUUCCAUCCUGGGCUUCAUGGCACAAGAGCAAGGGGUGGACAUUGCUGAUGUGGCUGAGUCAGGUCCCGGCCUGGCCUUCAUUGCCUACCCUAAAGCCGUGACCAUGAUGCCGCUGCCCACCUUCUGGUCCAUUCUUUUCUUUAUCAUGCUGCUCUUGCUUGGCCUGGAUAGCCAGUUUGUGGAAGUCGAAGGACAGAUCACGUCCUUGGUUGAUCUUUACCCAUCCUUCCUAAGGAAGGGUUUCCGUCGGGAGAUCUUCAUCGCCUGCAUAUGUAGCAUCAGCUACCUGGUGGGGCUGACGAUGGUGACAGAGGGUGGCGUGUAUGUGUUCCAGCUCUUUGACUACUAUGCAGCUAGUGGUGUGUGCCUUUUAUGGGUUGCAUUCUUCGAAUGUUUUGUUAUUGCCUGGAUAUAUGGCAGUGAUAACUUUUAUGAUGGUAUUGAGGACAUGAUCGGCUAUCGGCCUGGGCCAUGGAUGAAGUACAGCUGGGCCGUGGUCACUCCGGUUCUCUGUGUUGGAUGCUUUAUCUUCUCUCUCGUCAAGUACGUACCCCUGACCUACAACAAAGUCUAUGUGUACCCCACCUGGGCCAUCGGGCUGGGCUGGAGCCUGGCCCUGUCCUCCAUGGUGUGUGUCCCCUUGGUCAUGGUCAUCCGCCUCUGCCAGACGAAAGGGCCAUUCCUUGUGAGACUCCAGUACCUGCUGACCCCGAGGGAACCCAACCGCUGGGCUGUAGAGCUCGAGGGGGCCACACCCUACAAGUCCCGCACGGCGGCCGUGAACGGCGAUCUCAUGAAACCCACCCACAUCCUAGUAGAGACCAUGAUGUGAGCGCUUGCUGGUCGAUGGGCUGCUCUCCUGCUGUUUACUAACGUUAGAUUCCCAUAGGACCAGGUUUACAGAGCUUUAUAUUUGCACUAGGAUUUUUUUUUUAAUUGUCACAAAAAACGUUAUCAUGUGUGUG